AUGUUAUGCUCACACAAAUACUAUAGGUCCACACGAAAUUCCAGGAUUGAGCGGCUUUGGGUUGAAGUAGGAACUCAGUUUGUGAGAUGUUGGAGGGCAUUCUUCAACCACUUGGAGAGACUGCAUAGUCUUGAUAUCGAGAAGACAGGCCAUCUGUGGCUCCUCCAGAAUUUAUUCUUGGAUGCUAUCAAUGACGACUGUAAGACUUUUUGUGAAGAAUGGAACCUUCAUCCAAUUGCUGGCCCGUCAACAAACAACAAGAGUCCACAGGAUCUACGACUGAUAAGUCAGGCAACACUGGGUGUUUACAGGGACAACUGCGAUGGAGUUCACCCAGACACAAUUGAACGAUAUUAUGGCACCCAUGGCCAAGAACAGACUCGUUGUCAUGGGCAGACUGGUGCUGGCCAUCCUGAUGAUGAAGACACCAAUUCGGAGGAUCAGCUCAUCUUACAGAUAGAAGAAGAUCAGGAACAGAACGUUCGCCAUGCUGCUAUUGAAGUUCCUGGAAAGAAAAGCCCCUUUGUGACCCAACAUGAUGAGAACCUUUUUUUUUUGAUGCUUGAGCAGAUAGUUAUUGAGGGCAUCGUACCAGAAGGUUAUGGCUUGCUCCCUGGUGAGCAAGAUGAUGAUGAUACAGCUAUGGCUGAAGUCUUACAAUUUGGGAGGCACAGAACAAAAUCUGUCGUAGUUUCAUUAAGAGAUGCUGUCUGGGAAGCUCGUGCGACACUUUGGUGUCAAGCACUAUCAGCAUUAUCUUUGUUCGAAACUGAAGGAUAUUUUUAG